AUGAAUCAGACGAUGGAUCUCGCCUCCAUCCCGCAGCAGCAGCGGCUCAUCGCGGGCUUGGCGCUGGUGGUGGCCACCGUCAUCUUCCUCAAGCUCCUCCUGAGCUUCCGCUCGGGGGGUGGCAAGAAGCGCCUGCCGCCGACGAUCCCGGGGGCGCCGGUGGUGGGCGGGCUGGUGAAGUUCAUGCGCGGGCCCAUCCCGAUGAUCCAGGAGCAGUACGCGCGCCUGGGGAGCGUCUUCACGGUGCCCAUCAUCACCCGCAAGAUCACGUUCCUCAUCGGGCCCGAGGUGUCGGCGCACUUCUUCAAGGGCAACGAGGCCGAGAUGAGCCAGCAGGAGGUGUACAGGUUCAACGUUCCCACCUUCGGCCCUGGCGUCGUCUUCGAUGUCGACUACUCCGUCAGGCAGGAGCAGUUCAGGUUCUUUACCGAGGCGCUCCGGGCUAAUAAGCUUCGCAGCUAUGUCGACCAGAUGGUUGCUGAGGCUGAGGAGUACUUCUCAAAGUGGGGAGAAAGUGGCACUGUUGAUUUGAAGUACGAGUUGGAGCACCUCAUCAUACUGACAGCUAGCCGGUGCUUGCUGGGAAGGGAGGUGCGAGAAAAGCUGUUUGAUGAUGUUUCUGCUCUCUUCCAUGACCUUGACAACGGGAUGCAGCCAAUCAGUGUCCUCUUCCCAUACCUCCCGAUCCCUGCACAUAAGCGCCGUGACAGGGCACGGGCACGUUUGGCAGAAAUCUUUGCCACCAUCAUCAAGUCCCGCAAGGCCUCUGGACAGUCUGAGGAAGACAUGCUGCAGUGCUUCAUUGAUUCCAAGUACAAGAAUGGGCGCCCCACCACUGAGGGUGAGGUAACUGGGCUACUUAUCGCAGCACUCUUUGCUGGACAGCACACCAGCUCGAUCACUUCAACCUGGACAGGGGCGUACAUGCUUCGCUUCAAGCAGUACUUUGCAAAAGCCGUAGAGGAGCAGAAGGAUGUCAUGAAACGGCAUGGCGACAAGAUUGAUCAUGACAUCCUGGCAGAGAUGGAUGUCCUCUACCGGUGCAUCAAGGAGGCCCUUCGUCUCCACCCGCCGCUAAUCAUGUUGCUUCGCCAAUCACACAGCGACUUCACCGUGACAACAAAGGAAGGCAAAGAGUACGACAUCCCCAAGGGCCACAUUGUCGCGACAUCGCCAUCCUUUGCCAAUAGGCUGCCCCACAUCUACAAGAACCCUGACUCAUAUGACCCUGACCGGUUCGGUCCUGGAAGGGAGGAGGACAAGGCUGCAGGCGCCUUCUCAUACAUCUCCUUUGGUGGCGGCAGACAUGGGUGCCUCGGUGAGCCCUUCGCCUACCUGCAGAUCAAGGCGAUCUGGACACACCUACUGAGGAACUUUGAGUUCGAGCUGGUAUCGCCGUUCCCAGAGAACGACUGGAACGCCAUGGUGGUUGGCAUCAAGGGUGAGGUGAUGGUUAAUUACAAGAGGCGGAAGCUUGCCGUGGACAACUAA